AUAAAUCAAGAGGUGACAUGACUAUGUUAUUUUAUCAAAUAACUAACGAAACGAGGCUGUCUAAGUUAUUACCCAUCCUCAUCUCAGAAGAACAGAGUGCAUACAUGAUGGGCAAAGAUAUUAGUGAACAGAUACUUCUCACAAAGGAAAUGGUUCACAAUCUUGAUAGAAAGGCUUGGGGUGGAAAUAUCAUUGUUAAAUUGGACUUGUCUAAGGCUUUUGACAAACUGAAGUGGAGCUUUCUAUUUGAUGUACUCUUGAGAUUUGGUUUCUCCAACAGAUUCAUCCACAUUAUUCAUAACUUGAUGAACUCUUCCAAAUACUCAGUGGUUGUCAAUGGAAAACCAUGUGGCUUCUUCAGUCAGACUAGGGGUAUUAAACAAGGGGAUCCAUUAUCUCCUUUACUCUUUAUUAUUGCAAAUGAGGCCUUCUCCAAAAACCUUAACAAGCUCAUGAAUCAUGGUGUCAUUGGAAGAUACAACUGUGGUAAUAACUCCAUUCCUAUAUCUCACUUAUCUUAUGCUGAUGACAUCAUCAUCUUUUGUAACAGCAGCUGCAGAUCACUUGUCAAUCUCAAGUUUUUCCUCAAAACUUACCAAGAAUGCUCUGGCCAGAAUAUCAACAAACAAAAAUCAAGCUUCUUUGUGGGCAAAUUUCAAAACAGCAGGAAGAUUGCAGAACUGGACAUGCAACAUAAAAAACUUCCUUUCACCUAUCUUGGAAUAUCAAUUGAUAAGGGCAUCGCCAGAACUCAGCAUUGUAAUCAAUUGAUCACUGCUUUUGACAGAAAGCUUGGAAGCUGGCAGUUUAAGCAACUUGAUCAAGCUGGUAGACUCAUACUGAUUAAUCAUGUCUUGAAUACUCUGCCUAUAUUCUUCUUAGGCUCCAGCACCCUCCACAAGUCAGUCCAAAACAUUCUUAAACAGAAAAUGUCCAGAUUCUGGUGGAAAAGCAAGCACCAUUGGGUUAAGUGGGAGGACAUCUGUACACCAAAAGAAGAAGGUGGUUUGGGGAUCAGAGACCUUAGCUCCUUACAAGACUCUUUCAGUUUAAAACUCUGGUGGAAUUACCACAGCAACACUAGCCUUUGGGCUAAAUUUAUGCACGCAAAAUAUGAACGAGAUGGUGAAAUGGAAGCCCAUAUUAUUGACUCCCCCGUCUGGAAGCGUAUUGUUGAAAUUGAUGAGAUUGGUGUGGCGAACACUACUGAAAAUGAGGAGGGAAUCUUGAAUUGGGAACGAACCUCUGAUAAACUCUUUAGUUUAUCUAGUGCUUAUGACAUUUGUAGAGUCUCUCGUCCUACAUGUAGAUCUUUCAUGUACAUAUGGGGCAAAGGGCAAAACCCUAAAGUUAGCAUUUUCCUCUGGAAAUUAUUCAAGAAAGCUCUGCCCAUCCCUGAGAACUUAGAGAGACUUGGUUUUCAUCUUCCCUCAGUUUGCUUCUUGUGCCACAAUGGUCCAUACACAGCAAGUCAUUGUCUCUUAGAGUGUCAACAGGUAAUCAACAAUAUAGCUAACUACACUAGGCAGUGGUUACUGGCCAAAUGUCCCAAGGCUUUUCGAACUAGAGAUGAUUGGCUUAUAUCCAACAAUAUCAGCCCUCCCUUUCGCACUAUGAAACUUAUUCGUAUGGUGAAAUGGCUGGCCUCUCCUAGUGGAAGGCUCAAACUUAAUGUGGAUGCUUCCUACACUCCAUCCCACCAAAGAGGAGCUUGUAUACUUAGAGAUGAUAAAGGCAACUUCAUCCAUGCAGCCAGCUUCUCAAUUACAGCAGGAACAUCAUAUAUUGCUGAAGUUCAAGCCCUGAUUAGAGUUGUGCAAUGGGCAGUUAGACUCACGGCAAACUUCAUUAUUGAAACGGAUGCAUGGGAGAUCUAUGUACGUACAACUAAAUUAACUGCCCACCCAUUCUCCAUGUUUCCCACCGAUGUUUUGAGCAGAUUAAUCCAACAACACAAGCUGGAAAUACGUCAUACUUUGAGACAAGCUAAUCGAGUUGCUGACCUCUUGGCAAAGGAAGAUAGAAUUAAAGACAUUGUUUUUAUUGAAUACAAAUAUGUUUCUAGUCUCCCUAUUAAUCCUGCAUCAUCACCACAUGUCUCAGCCAUGAAACACCCUUCUCCCUCUUCUGCAACACCCGGCGGCAAUGCCAAGAAACCCGCCACAGGCUGCUGCAUUGCCGGAAUGUUCCGCCGCCUCCUCUGUUCUGAUUCCCUCUCCAAACGCCCCCCUUCUUCCUCCCACAACCACGCAACUCAAAUGCCGCCGCCGCCGGAAGAGGGGGGAAAAACCGGCGUCGUGGCCAAGCUGAUGGGGCUGGAGUCAAUGCCGCUGCAGCCCAGAACUGAUGUCAGUUCAAAAUCACUCACCAGAAGCCACUCAUUGGAUUCCCACCCGCUUCGACGACGAACUGCACCCCGCGCCGAGAGGCCUCUGCGAGCUCGUAGCUUCCGGGAGAUUCCCACCUACAUGGAGCUAGACGACAAGGAUUUCUUCAUUCUUAGCUUUGAGUAUGUAGGAGGAGGAGGAAGAAGAGGGAAAUGCCCAGAACUUGCAGGCUUUGAACAGAGGAAAUCAGAGAUGUCAUUAAACAAGAACUCCAACAUGAGAAGAGAAAGCCUAUAUGAAGCGGUGAAGGCCGCCCGUUCAAGAAAGGCAAAGAAGAAAGAGGAUUUCAAGCAAGAAAGAUUAUUAUUAUUCAAGAAGAAGAUGAAAGAAAGAAAAGAAAAGGCCAAAACAGAGGGUGAUUCAGAGAAAUCAAGCCCGAAUUCUGUUCUUGAUUUCGUCGAGUUAACAGCUCUACAACAGACUCCUUUCUCCUCAGGAAGGUACACAAAAUCAAGGCGGACCCUUUCGGGAGCGCUUGAGAAUCACCAGAAACCGAAAACAGAGAUUGACGAUUUCCGACCCAAGAUGCGUUUUUAUGAGACGAGGAAGAAGAAUUUGUGCAAGGAUGAGAGCUAUGUGAAGAAGGUGUGGGAAGAGAGUUGCAGGCUGGGUGAUAUGGACACAGCUCACAGCAGCUGGAUGGUGGGUGAAGGGAAACAUGAAAUCUGUGGGGAUUUGGAGAUGGAAAUUGUUGAUGAAUUGGUAGGGGAACUGGUUGAUCAACUUCAUGUUGAUCACUUUUCCUGGGUGUAGUUCAACUUAGAAAAGUGUUGUUUUUGGAAGAUUAUUCAAAGUGUUAUUAUUGUACACAUUAAGUAUGAUUAAGAUGUGUUUUACAUACAUAACUGGGACACAAUUCCCAUAUUCUUAAUUUGAUUAUAUUUUAAUUGCAAAUAGUUAAAUUUUAUACCACACUUCAAACGCAAAAAGACUGGUUUGUCCCUACAGUUCAAAAUUUGAAUUCAGGUGUGAGUGUUUUUUGCAUGUGGAAUUUUCACAACAGUGUUUCCAUCAUGAAGUUUCUAUAAUGUUAGCCUAAGCAGACAGUUUUUUUUAAAUAAAAAGGCAUGCUAUGAAAUAGCUUUUCUACCACACUACUUUGUCCAGUUAGACUUUUUUAAAUCAAUAUGGACAAAUUUU